GAGAAAGGACAGAGGGGGCUAGGGGAGUACCAUGUUUAGACCCGGACAGGCUCCUCAUACCUUGACACGGUCCACUGAACGGUCAGUCAGUCCUUCUACCGGGUUCUAACCAGUUCAGCCAUGGAGAAUACAUGCACAGCCCAGUCAUCUGGACAGCUAGCUCAGAAACUCAGCAGUGAUUCUGGGACAUCCUUUGGGCUUGAUACGCGAAGUCGUUUUGAUGCGUUGGCGUCCGACACUUCAAUGGACGGAGAGGACCUCAGAGAAUACUGCGAGGGUUGGAUAUUGCCCCUACUCAUUCUUGUCUUUCCCCAUAAAUGUGGGUUCCACCCCGUCCAUAUCGGAGACAUCUUCAACAGGAGAUACAAGGUUGUGUCCAAGUUGGGCUGGGGAUACUUUGCCACGGUGUGGCUGUGCUUGGACCUCAGGUUGGGCAGGCGCGUGGCCGUGAAGGUUUUGAAGAGUGGAGAUGGAUUCACUCAGGCUGGGGAGGACGAAGUGACACUGCUGCGCUGUGCAAAUGGUCCCACGACUCGUCACCCAAACAGGCAAAGGAUUGUUCAACUCCUGGAUGAGUUCAAGGUUGCCGGGGUCAAUGGGGUCCACCGAUGCCUUGUAUUGGAGCUGCUGGGACCCGAUCUGCGCUGUUGGCAACUCUGUUUUGGAAACCCAGGGCUACCGCUUUCUUGUGUAAAACAGGUCAUUUCUCAGGUUCUCCAGGCUCUGGACUACCUGCACAUUCAGUGUAAAAUCAUCCACACAGACAUCAAGCCAGAGAAUAUACUUUUGUGUUUGAAGGAGCAGGACCCAGAACAGACAGCAGGGGGCAGUGCAUGUCCUGCACUUUCUGUGAGAGGCACAGAGUCCGCGAGUAGAGCAGAGGACCCUGCAGCGCCCAGCCAUCCGACGGAGAUCACCGUAAAGAUCGCUGACCUGGGAAGCUCCUGUUGGGUGUACAAACAUUUCUGCGAGGAGAUCCAGACUCGUCAGUACCGCUCCCUCGAGGUUCUACUGGGCUCCGACUAUGGUCCACCUGCGGACAUCUGGAGUGUAGCCUGCCUGGCUUUUGAGCUGGUCACUGGAGAUUCAUUGUUCGAGCCCAAAGCUGGGAAGACAUUUUCCGUGGAGGAAGGUACGCGUGUCGAUCACAUCGCUCAUAUCAUAGAGCUCCUUGGCAAAAUCCCAGAGGCAGUAGCCUUGUCUGGGAAAUAUUCCUUGGAGUACUUCACUCGCAGAGGUGACAUGCGUCACAUCGGGGGGCUGAAGCCCUGGAGUCUGUAUGAGGUGCUGGUGGAGAAAUACCAUUUCCUGUUGAAGGAGGCCUCUCUCUUCUCUGACUUCCUGUUGUCCAUGUUGGACUUCCAGCCCCAGAGGAGGUCCAGUGCUGCCCAGUGUCUUCUGCAUCCCUGGCUUAGCUCCUGAGCCCUGGCCCCGCCCAUGGGAACCACUGGAGCCAGCCAAUGGUAUAUAUACAUGAUUUAGUUAAUUAUUUCACCUUCAUUCAGACAUCAUGGGAUGAAGGGCAACAUGUGUGGAUUUGCCAGAAAUGUUGCUUUAGCAUGAGACAAUUAUCUCCACCGCAUGGAAUUGCUGUGAGGUGUGGAGCCCCAACAAACAAAAUGUGUAUUUGAUACACUGCCGAUUUUGCCGAUUUUCCUACUUACAAAGCAUGUAGAGGUCAAAUU